AUGACCAAAAUGUUUGCUGCGGUGACUCUUGUCCUGGCGCUUUGUUGGCUGGCGUGUGUGCCUGGAGCCAUACUGAGGGAGGACAACGAUGGCAGAUUGAUCGUCAACACCACGGACCCAACACAACCCGUGUUGGUGAAUGGGGUCGACGUGCAGGCUGUGCAACAGGAGCUUCACGAGCUGCAGGAUGAGCUUCAGCAGCUGCGUGAGGAGCAGAUGAUGACAGACACGACAACAGGUCAGCUCGACGCGCUGUGGAGCGUUGCCAAUGGACACUCGCGCGUAUGCUCAGUUGCACCGGAGAGGGCAGCACAGCUGGGAGAGAAAUGCGAGACGCAACUGGCCGGGGGUGCCACAAAGCCGUGGACGCUCGCGGCACGGUUCGCGAACGACGGCAUUGACACUUGGACUUGGAAUCGGUGCGAUCUCUGGCACAACGCUGCGCUGUUGGGGGAGGCCCAGGGUAGCAGCGAUUUCAAGGGCCGCGCUUGGCUGGCUCCAGCCAAUGAUCUCCUCUUCCUCUCAAAUACAGGCGAGUGGAUUGCGUACGAGAACGCGCUGGGCAGCCAAUCCCUGGCGGCUCUCUUCACGGGACUACCGCUUCCAUGUGCUUCUGGGUGCUUUUCUUUCACACCUACCCAGAAGAACAUUGCACCGAACGCCAAUCGGUGCAGUGAUACCAUGUUUGCCAAUCCGAAGGACUCGGACGUUGGUCCACACCAAAAUACAUGUGGAUUUGCUUGGGGCUUCCGUCACAACAACGGCUGCCCACUCGAUGAUGUUGGCUCGUUCGGUUCCUUCGGUCCCAACUCAGAAGAGCGCAGCGUCGAGGAACCGUCUCUGGGGUUCCUUGGUGGCGAACUUGCUCAAGGCAUGUACAUGGAGCUGUACGUGCGUUAAGCCAUGGAGGAGGAAGAGAGGAUACCCAGUUGACUCAGACCGCCAAGCAAUUGUCUCUCCCGGCCUAUCCAUCCAUCAAACUGCCUGCGUUUUGAUUACCUCCAUGAACCCUCAUCUCUCGUCUCUCGUCUCUUCAAAUCGCAACCCUGUUGCCUG